AUGGCCAUCUCAUCACGACUCGCCCUGUGGGAGCAGAAGGAAAGUAUUCGGGAAGAGGACAAGAGCCCCCCACCGUCCUCGCCCCCUCCCCUUUUCUCUGUCAUCCCAGGGGGCUUCAUUAAGCAACUGGUUCGGGAGACUGAGAAAGAGGCCAAGGAAGCGAGACAGAAGAAACAGGCGGCACUUGUCUCUCCGGAACAAGAGACCCCAGAACUUUCCGCCAGCCAGCCCAACAGCAAGUCCAGCAGUGGCACCAGCUCUGGAAGCCAGCGGAUUUCCCAGGACACCCAGUCAAGCUCUCCUGGAAGCUCAAACAUUCCGGGCAAGGACAGCGAGGGGGCAGGCAGCACCAGCCCUGGGAUGAUGACCACCAUCAAUGGGGAGAAGGCCCCGGAGCCGGGCUCUGGGGGGACGCCAGCCAAAAAGACCCUGCCCUUCAAGAGGGGUGUGAGGAGGGGCGACGUGCUGCUGAUGGUGGCCAAGCUGGACCCGGACUCAGCCAAGCCAGAGCAGAGGACCCCUCCCCCUUGCAAGACCCCACCCCCAGCCACAGACCCUGGUGGGGGAAAGAAAGGGGAGACCCCAGGGACUCCUUGUGGCCCCCAGGCCAGCACUGAGCAUUUGGCCCCGAAAGCUGAGAAGACCCGGACUGGGGGUGUUGGGGACGCAGACCAAGGGACCGCGCUACUGACAAAAGGCAGGAAGGGCCAAGGCACAACGCGAAAGGGGGAUGGGGCCCCCCAGACCAAAGGGCCCACAGCGGGUGAGCCCCAGGGCAAAGACGGGCAGGGGACCAGGCCCCAAGCCCAAGGGCCCAGAGAGGGAGGACUGUCAGGAACAGCAGAGAAGGAAGGAGGCGACCCCCCAAACAAGGUGGAAAAGGGGACCCUCCCCAAGGAUGCGGGGAGUGAAGGGAAGCAUGCUGUGCCCCCAGUCCAGGCGAGGAAGUGGGGCGGGUUCCUGGGCCGAAGGAGCAAGUGGGAUGGUCCCCAGAACAAGCAGGGCAAGGAAGGUGAGCUCCUGAGUAGGGCGGAGGAGAAGGGUGAGCAGCAGAGCAAGGCCGGGAAGGGGAAGGCAGGUGAGCCUGAGGGUGAGAAAGGAAAGGCGGGACAAGCUCAGAGCAAGUCUGGGGAGACAGGUGGAGCACGGAGUCCGACAGAGAAGGGCUGUAAGGCCCCAGGGGAGGUGGAUACAAGGGGCUUGUCGCUGGCUGGGAAGGAGGGCUGGCCACAGCGCCCAGAGCAGAGAGCCCAGGAGCCCUGCGCGGGAGCGGGCGAUGCGGCCGGCGCCCGGCAGGGGGCGCUGGAGGGACCCGGGCCGCCGGCUCCGGAGCAGGAUGCAGACGGGCCUGGGACACGCGCAGAGAACCCAGUCGGGCCAGCCCCGCAGGAGGAGGGCACAGAAGGCCCGAGCGGAGACUCAGACCAGGCACCCAAGGACAGGUGGUAUGAGGCAGAGAAAGUCUGGCUGGUUCAGAAGGAAGGAUUCGCUCUUGCCACGGUGCUAAAGCCGGAUGAGGGAACAGCCGACUUGCCGGCAGGCAGAGUGCGACUUUGCAUCGACACUGACAAAACCAUCACUGAGGUGGAUGAGGAGUACGUGCAUCGGGCCAACCCCCCUGAGCUGGACCACGUUGAGGACCUGACUUCUCUCAUCAGUGUCAAUGAAUCCAGCGUCCUGAACACGCUUCUGCAGCGCUACCGGGCUCAGCGGCUGCAUACCUGCACGGGGCCGGAUCUGAUCGUGCUCCAGCCCCAGGGGGCCUCGGCACCCUCUGCGGGGAAGGUGCCCAGGGGCCGCCGGGAUGGCCUGUCUGCCCACGUUGGCUCCCUGGCCCAGCGGGCAUACUGGGCACUGCUGAGCCAACGGGCAGACCAGAGCAUCGUAGCCCUUGGCCGCAGUGGCGCUGGGAAGACCACCUGCUGUGAGCAGGUCCUGGAGCACCUGGUGGGGAUGGCAGGCAGUGUGGAAGGCAGGGUCUCAGUGGAGAAGAUCCGAGCCACCUUCACCAUCCUCCGGGCCUUCGGCUCCGUGUCCACGGGCCACAGCCGCCACGCCACCCGGUUUGCCAUGGUGAUGUCGCUGGACUUCAGUGCCACGGGCCGGGUCACAGCCGCUCAGCUCCAGACGAUGCUGUUGGAGAAGAGCCGCGUGGCGCGGCGGCCGGAAGGGGAAGGCAACUUCCAGGUCUUCUCCCAGAUGCUGGCUGGGCUGGACCUGGAUCUCAGGACAGAGCUGUACCUGCAUCAGAUGGCAGACAGCAGCUCCUUUGGCAUGGGCGUGUGGUCCAAGCCUGAAGACAAGCAGAAGGCGGCGGCUGCCUUUGCCCAGCUCCGGGGCGCCAUGGAGCUACUGGACAUCUCAGAGAGCGAGCAGCGAGCCAUUUGGCGGGUGCUGGCAGCCAUCUACCACCUUGGUGCGGCGGGGGCCUGCAAAGUGGGCCGGAAGCAGUUCAUGCGGUUUGAGUGGGCAAACCACGCUGCCGAGGCCCUGGGCUGUGAGUACGAGGAGCUGAACACAUCCACCUUCAAGCACCACCUACGGCAGAUCAUCCAGCAAGUGACGCUUGGGUCGAGCAGACGGGGCCUGGAGGAGGAGGAGACCAGCUCAGGGCUCAAGAUGACAGGCGGGGAGUGUGUGGAGGGGAUGGCCUCGGGCCUGUACCAGGAGCUCUUUGCGGCCGUGGUGUCACUCAUCAACAGAUCUUUCUCCUCCCACCACCUCUCCAUGGCUUCCAUCAUGGUGGUCGACUCUCCGGGCUUCCAGAACCCCCGGCACCAGGGCAAGGACCGGGCGGCCACCUUCGAGGAGCUGUGCCACAAUUACGUCCACGAACGCUUGCAGCUGCUGUUCUACCAGCGGACCUUUGUCUCCACGCUGGAGCGAUACCGGGCGGAAGGUGUUCCUGUGCAGUUUGACCUCCCGGAGCCCUCCCCCGGGGCCACUGUGGCUGUCGUGGACCAGAAUGCCUCCCAGGUCCGCUUACCAGCCGGAGGAGGUGUUGACGAUGCACAGGGCCUUUUCUGGGUCUUGGACGAGGAGGUCCGGGUAGAGGGGUCCAGUGACAGCACGGUCCUCGAGCGUCUGUGUGCGGCCUUUGAGAAGAAAGGAGCUGGGGCCGAAGGGACCUCUGCCCUGAGGACCUGCGAGCAGCCCCUGCAGUGCGAGAUUUCCCACCAGCUGGGACGGGACCCUGUGCGCUAUGACCUCACUGGCUGGCUCCAGAGAGCCAAGCCCAACCUGUCAGCCCUGGAGGCCCCGCAGGUCCUGCAGCAGUCGAAAAGGGAGGAGCUGCGGAGCCUGUUCCAGGCCCGGGCCAAGCUGCCCCCCGUGUGCCGGGCCGUGGCAGGUCUGGAGGGCACCUCCCAGCAGGCGCUGCAGAGAAGCCGCGUGGUGAGGAGGACGUUCGCUGGCAGCCUCGCCGCGGUGAGGAGGAAGGCCCCGUGCUCCCAGAUCAAGCUGCAGAUGGAUGCGCUGACCAGCAUGAUCAGACGGUCUCGUCUGCACUUUAUCCACUGCCUUGUGCCACACCCCGUGGUGGAGAGCAGAGGUGGGCAGGGGUCUUCGACGCCACUGGAGCCUGGUGGAGACAAGCCCGGGGCAGGUGGGCCCCCGGCCCCGGACAUCCCGGCACUGAGGGUCCAGCUCGCGGGGUCCCAUAUCCUGGAGGCUCUGCGUCUGUAUAGGACAGGCUAUGCUGACCACAUGGGGCUGGCUCAGUUCCGCCGGCAGUUCCAGGUGCUGGACCCUCCACUCCUGAAGAAGCUCAUGACAACCUCCGAGGGAAUAGACGAGAGGAAGGCCGUGGAGGAGCUCCUGCAGACCCUGGACCUGGAGAAGAAGGCGGUAGCCAUGGGGCACAGCCAAGUUUUCCUCAAGGCAGGUGUGGUCUCCAAGCUUGAGAAGCAGCGAGAGAAGCUGAUGUCUCAGAGCAUCGUUCUCUUCCAGGCGGCUUGCAAGGGCUUUCUGUCUCGCCAGGAAUUCAAGAAGCUGAAGAUUCGCCGACUGGCUGCUCAGUGCAUCCAGAAGAAUGUGGCUGUGUUCCUGGCGGUCAAGGACUGGCCGUGGUGGCAGCUCCUUGGUUCCCUCCGGCCCCUGCUGAGUGCCACCAUCGGGAAUGAGCAGCUCCGGGCCAAGGAGGAGGAGCUGAUGACGCUGAGACAGAAGCUAGAAAAAUCAGAGAAGUCACGGAAUGAACUCCGGCAGAACGCAGACCUGCUAGAGAGCAAGAUUGCUGACUUGACCACGGAGCUCGCUGAUGAGCGCUUCAAAGGGGACGUGGCCUGCCAGGUGCUGGAGGGUGAGCGGGCAGAGCGGCUCCAGGCCUUCCGGGAGGUCCAGGAGCUCAAGAGCAAGUAUGAGCAAGUCCAGAAAAAUCUGGGAGAAGUGGAGAAACAGCUGGAAGAAGCCCAGCAGAAAAUUCAGUUGCAUGCCUUGGAAAGGGAUCGCACUGGAGGAGCAGACGAGUGGCAAAUGCGCUUCGACUGUGCCCAGAUGGAGAACGAAUUCCUCAGAAAGCGUCUGCAGCAAUGCGAGGAGAGGCUGGACUCAGAGCUGACGUGCAGGAAAGAGCUGGAGCAGAAGCUCGCGGAGCUGCAGAGUGCUUACGAGGGGGCCAAGAAGACAGCUCACCAACUGAAGAGGAAGAGCCACCAUCUCACCUGUGACCUGGAGGACACUCGUGUCCUGCUGGAAAACCAGCAAAGCCGCAACCACGAGCUGGAGAAGAAGCAGAAGAAGUUUGACCUACAGCUGGCCCAGGCCCUGGGGGAGUCUGUGUUUGAGAAGGGCCUCCGCGAGAAAGUGACCCAAGAGAACACCAGCAUCCGGUGGGAACUAGGCCAGAUUCAGCAGCAGUUGAAGCAAAAAGAGGAGGAAACCUCGCAGCUGAAGCAGGAGGUGAAGAUGCUGCAGGAUCAUAAACAGGAGCUGCUGAAGUCUCCCUCUCUGGGGGAAAAUUGCAUCGCUGGCUUGAAGGAGAAGCUUUGGAAGCUGGAGUCUGGUGCCCUCGAGCAACAGAAAAUCCAGAACCAGCAGGAAAACACCAUCAAGCAGCUGGAACAGCUACGCCAGCGGUUCGAGCUGGAGAUCGAGAGGAUGAAGCAGAUGCAUCAGAAGGACCGUGAGGACCAGGAGGAAGAACUGGAGGAUGUCCGUCAGUCCUGCCAGAAGCGGCUUCGUCAGCUGGAAAUGCAGCUGCAGCAAGAGUAUGAAGAGAAGCAAAUGGUCCUUCACGAGAAGCAGGAUUUGGAAGGCUUGAUCGGAACCCUCUGUGAUCAGAUCGGCCAUCGGGAUUUUGAUGUGGAGAAGCGUCUUCGGAGGGACCUGAAGAGGACGCACGCGCUGUUGGCAGACGUGCAGCUCCUUCUGGGCACCAUGGAGGACAGCAAGACGUCGGUCAGCAAGGAGGAGCUGGAGAAGGUGCACAGCCAGCUGGAGCAGAGUGAAGCCAAGUGUGAGGAGGCCUUGAAGAUCCAGAAGGUGCUCACGGCAGACCUGGAGAGCAUGCACAGCGAGCUGGAGAACAUGACCCGAAGCAAGAGCCUGGUGGAUGAGCAGCUGUACCGGCUGCAGUUCGAGAAAGCGGACCUCCUGAAGCGCAUCGACGAGGACCAGGAUGAUCUGAACGAGCUGAUGCAGAAGCACAAGGAACUCAUUGCUCAGUCUGCUACUGACAUUGGGCAGAUCCAAGAACUGCAGCUGCAGCUGGAGGAAGCCAAGAAGGAGAAGCACAAACUUCAAGAACAACUGCAGGUGGCCCAGACGCGCAUCGAACACCUGGAGCAGUCCACCGUGGAUCGAGCCAUCGUCAGCAGGCAGGAGGCAGUCAUCUGUGACCUGGAGAACAGGACGGAGUUCCAGAAAGUGCAGAUUAAGAGAUUUGAGGUCCUGGUGAUCCGGCUUCGGGACAGCCUGAUCAAGAUGGGCGAGGAGCUGUCGCAGGCAGCGGCGUCUGAGUCCCAGCAGCGGGAGAGCAGCCAGUAUUACCAGCGGCGCCUGGAGGAGCUGAAGGCGGACAUGGCGGAGCUGGCGCGCCGGGAGGCAGAGGCCAGCCGGCGGUGCAUGGAGCUGGAGACGUAUGUAGAGGAGCUCGCGGCCGUGAGGCAGACCCUCCAGACAGACCUAGAGACGUCCAUCCGUCGGAUCGCUGACCUGCAGGCGGCCUUGGAAGAGGUGGUGUCCAGUGACAGUGACUCGGAGAGUGUCCAGACAGCAGUAGACUGUGGCAGUGGUGGCCGAAAAGAGAUGGAUAACGUCUCCAUCCUCAGCUCCCAGCCCGAGGGCAGCCUGCAGUCCUGGCGGAGCUGUACUCUGUCGCUGGCCACAGACGCCGUGAGGACCCCCUCUCGACAGUCGGCCUCCAGUAGUCACAUCCGCGGCCCCAGGAUGAACGAAGAGGCCGGGGAUGCUGAGAUGGCCCAAUGGGCGUCGGUGCUGAGCAGAGCCCAGGAUGUCCGUAGCAAGAGCUCGGGAGACAAGCCCGUGUCUCCCCACUCGCUCCGCCGGCAAAAGUACUGUCAUUUUGGGGAUGGUGAAGGGUCCGGUGUCAACACAAAGCCCACGGAGAGAUUAGAAGCUCGAUCUUCUCCCCUGGCUUCUCGGAGUGCAGAUACAUCCCCGCUGUCAAGGGAAAAGCUGCCCAGUCCUUCUGCGGCCCUCUCGGAGUUCGUGGAAGGACUUCGGAGGAAGAGAGCCCAGAGAGGCCAGGGGUCCACGCUGGGCCUGGAGGACUGGCCCACUCUCCCCAUUUAUCAGACUACCGGGGCUUCCACGCUCAGGAGGGGCAGAGCCAGCAGCGAUGAGGGAGACCUCUCACUGAGGUUUGGGUCAAAAUCACCCCUGGAAUUGGAGGGGGCCGCUGGGACGUCGGCUGGCCUCCCGCGGUCCACCAGUCUGAAAUGCAUCUCUUCAGAUGGCGUUGAGGGCACGUCCCUGCUGCCCGAGAAGCCGAAGACCCGGUUCAGUUCCUGCGAGUCUCUCUUAGAAUCCACACCAAACUUGGGGCGAAAAUUGAGCUCCCCGACCAGACCCAGGGACGUGCUCUUGUCACCCACGCUGCGUCCUCGGAGGCGGUGUCUGGAGUCCUCAGUGGACGACGCGGGCUGUCCAGACCUCGGGAAGGAGCCACUCGUCUUCCAGAACCGCCAGUUUGCCCACCUGAUGGAGGAACCUCUAGGCAGGGACCCGUUCACUUGGAAGCUCCCUAGCCUCGACUACGCACGCAAGACCAAAGUGGACUUUGAUGACUUCCUCCCGGCCAUCCGGAAGCCUGACACACCUACGUCCUUGGCCAGGGCGGCCAAAGACAGGCAAGAUGCUUCAAAGCGUUCAAGUGUCCACUUUGAGACGGAAGAGGCUGACCGUUCCUAUCUCUCGGGGAUCAAGACCAUUUUGAAAAAGAGCCCGGAGCCCAGGGAGGACCCCGCCCACCUGUCCGACUCAUCCUCAUCCUCCAGCUCCAUCGUGUCCUUCAAAAGUGCCGACAGCAUCAAGAGUCGACCGGGAGUCCCACGACCUGCAGGUGACGGUGGUGAGAGAACGUCCCCCGAGCACAGAGAGCCGGGGGCCGGGAGGAAAGAGGAUGACGUUGAGAGCAUAAUGAAGAAGUAUCUCCAGAAGUAGGAACCAGCUCAGCCUCCUGAGAUGCGGCCACCCUUGAAGACUUCCCAGCUCCACAACAGUUUGGAGAGAGACUGACCAGGCCUCCCCCAGGGCCCUCAGUCUGAAGCCAGCCAGCAAGGCCACCCUCAAGAGGCGAGACAGGCCCACAGAGCCAGAUCCCUCGAGGGUGCUGGGCUUCCAGUGUGCUUGGUCUGAACAAAAUAAAGUGUUGGCUCC